AUUGAAGAUGGAAGAUCAAGAUGACGCCGAGGGUCAGCAACCAGGUGAUCUGACCUCCGUUGCCCCAUCUAGUCUCGAAAGAUCGCCUGGAAAUGACUUAACAAAAGACAAAAAUGAAAAUUUCUUUGAGGAAGAAUCCCCCUUAAAUUCAAUGGAUAUAGAAUCUGCCGACCCCUUGGCUCAUUACAAUUUCAACAAUGUAUACAGUGGCAGGCUGGCCAAGCAGGAGAAAUUGCGGAGUGUGCGGGGAAAAAAAGAGCCCAGAGACAAACUUUUAGCAAAAACAAAACUCAAAGACAUAAAUACAGUGGACCAGGGGGAUGCAAUAACCAAUCCUGAAAAAGAUGAAAGCCCUGACAGGUUCAAUAUUCAAAGGAGAAAACAUAAACUGCGAAAAACCUCCAGAAGUCUUGAAAGAGAUCGAAAAAGUACAUCACACGUAGAAGGACCACAGAUGCUAGCAAAGCAAGAGCCAUUAAAAGUAGACUCUCCAAACAGAUUUUUAUCACUUAAUUCAAAACCGGUGACAAACGUGCCUCAUGAAAACAGUGCCUCUCCUCUUGAGCCUUUGCGUAGUUAUCAACGAAGGCAGCUCUCUCAUCAUCCUGAGGAAUGCCCUCCCGACAGAGUUUCGUUUCACGAAACUUUUAAAUUAUUGGUCAAUAUGGGGACCAAACCAACAAAGGAAGGAAAGAGGGAAAAGAAAGACUACAACAGACAAAUUAGCUCAGAACAGGAGAUCUGGCAAACAAAACUGAAUGAUCUUGUAUGGCUGGAACUGCAGGCUUGGCAUUGUGCAAGAACAGUGAAAGAACAGGAUAUUUACCUGUGCAAAGAGAGAGAAAAAGUGGAAACUUCAUUACAAGAAAUCAUGAAAUUUAUGUUUACAGAAAAUGAAUCAGCUAGAAGCUUAUCAAGUGAAGGUGACUUACCCGCCUACAUGUGGACUCAAGAGCACAUAUAUAGACAACUGGAGGCCAUAGAACAGGNCCGCUGA